CGCCACCGCCGCCUGUCGUCCUCAUCAACAUCAUUCACACACAUCUCACUUCAUCGCACAUACCGUCUCUCAUCAGGCUAGCAGCCAGCAGCCCCCUUGACACAUCAGACACAUCAUCAUCAUGUCUUCCCGGCCGCGCCGCUCGGCCGCCCAGCGCGCCACCAUGGCAAUCACUGACAUGGCCGAUAGAGACCGAGACACUAGCGAGCAGCGCACCAUGUCGUCACGCCCCAGCGGACGCCGUUCGGGUAACGGCAUCGCCUCGGUGUCGAGGGGCCUGCCCUCCUCAUCGCCCGCAAGCAGCGCCGGCGACGGCGACCGGCAUAUUCAUCUUACCGUCAAGCUUCCGUCGAGCAAGCUGCGCCAGGCUACCAGCAACGGCAACGACAACGGCAGGACCAAGCGCAAGUCUCCGAGUAGCUUGGCUGAGGCAGGUAAAAGCAGAGGUAGCAGUGGCCCUGUUAGCAAGCGGAGCAGGGUCGGUAAGAAGAGCUACGUGAUCGAGAGCAGUGAAGACGAGGAAGAGGACGAGGAGAACGAAGAGGAGGAGGAGGAAGACGAGGAAGAGGAUGACCAGGAGGAAGAGGAGGCAGAGGUAGAAAAGGACGAGAUUGAGGUUGGCACUCGAGCGGGUUUUGCCAAGGUCGACGAGCAGGACGGAGAUGAAGAGGAGGAGGAGGAUGACAAUGAAGACCAGGAGAUGGAGGACCUCGGUGACGAGGAUGCCGAGGGCGAUGAUGACGACGAUGAUGACGACGAUGAUAUGGACGUUGAUGCGGAAGGCGAAGACGAUGAGGAUGCCGAUGGGGAUGUCGACAUGGACGUCACUCCUGUUCCGCAGCCCCCCAUCAUCAAGGUGACCAAACCUCCCAAAAGCACAUCCGCUCCUAGCGGCAAAGGGAAGGGCUCACCCGCGAAGCCGAGCGGGAAGGGCACGGCUGUAGCGAAGGGCGUAGCAAGGGCCGGAGAUGAUGAGGACGACGAGGAACUGAGCGAGCUCGAGAGCGAGCCAGAAGAUGUGACCGUCGAGGUCGCCAGUGGCAAUCAGGACGCUGAGGGCGAAGACGACGAGGACGUCGAUGCCGAAGGCGAAGAGGAAAUCGAAGUUGCCGAUGAGGAUGCGGAAGGCGAAGAGGACGACGAACUAUUGAGCGAUGAGGAGAAUAUCAGCCGUCCCGACACGCCGGAUCUGUCAAAACUAACAGCCCGGCAACGGGCGAAGCUCGGAGACGUUUCGCACGAGUACAUGAAGCUGUCGGAUGAGGUCCAGGCUAAGAAACACUUCACUGCGGAGGAACUCUCCAUGCGGCGCGCCGAAAUGGCCCGGCGCAGACGCAACCUCAGCGAGAAGCGGAACGAGGAGGUCAAGAUGGAAACGAUCAACAAGCUUCUCAAGAAGCAAGCGCCCAAGACGACCCGCAAGAACGCCGCGCUCCUGGCCGCCGGCGACGAGACGCCCGACACGGAGGCCCAGCGCCCGGAUCCCAUGAUCAUUCGGUGGUUGAACAACAAAGACGGCAGCCGUGUAGCCGUGCCGGAUGAGUUGCUUAGCGGGCCCGCUGGGCGGGUGUUUACGGGUGGGACUCGGGGAAAGGGAAGGGGGCUCGCGCCGGGAAAGAUGGUUGAGGAGGUUUCAUAGGCUUUUCUGUCUUCCGGGAAGUUCGACAUGUAUUAGGGUGGUAGACUGUGUGCUUUUCUUUUGAGAGUUGGCGGGUCAGGAUUCGCGGAGGACCGUGCUAGUAAAGUUAUAUGCAUAGCUAAUGGACUCCCUUGGGUGAACAAGAGGUAGCUCCAUCCAACCUUUGGUUGCGAGGGCAUGAUACACUUCUUGCCUAGCAACUGGGCGGCGGUCACAGGUUAAGUACUAGUAGGUAUAACACAGCUUCAGGACCAAA